AUGGCCAUGGACAGAGCAUCCGUCUACUCUUUCCCCGUACUACAAUCCGAGUAUGAUGAAUCGCAUGAAUCAAAUACACAGAUUGAACGACAAUUCGCGCAGUUCAUUCUCACGUUUAAGCUUGGAAAUAGUUUUAUUUAUCGAGAUCAACUUCAAGAAAAUGUCUUGAUCAAACGGUUCUGUCUAGACGUUGAUGUUGCUCAUCUUAUUAGUUUUAGUGAAGAGUUGGCUGAUGCUCUGGCUACCGAACCGGCUGAGAAGUUACCUCUUUUCGAAGCAGCGGCAAAAGAAUGCGCAAAAAGAAUCCUGAUCCCUACCCAGUCGGCUUCAAAAGAUUCACCCGACAUCCCGGAAAUUCAAGUUACCCUCUCCUCAUCUACAAACGAAACAAAGAUCCGUGAUCUUACCGCCAAUAGUGUUUCUAAGCUCGUUAGAGUUCCUGGAAUCAUCAUCGGCGCCUCGACGCUCUCAUCUAAGGCUACAAGUUUAAGAAUUCAGUGCCGUGGUUGCAAUACCACCACAUCCGUUCCUAUCAAUAGUGGAUUUUCGGGGGUUACGUUACCACGAGUUUGCAAUGCACCAAAGGAAGAAGGAAGCGAGAAGUGCCCUCUCGAUCCAUAUUUUAUUCUGCAUGAGCAGUGUAGAUUUAUCGAUCAGCAGGUUUUGAAGCUCCAGGAGGCGCCGGAUCAGGUCCCUGUUGGAGAGCUACCUCGACAUGUUCUGUUAUCUGCGGACCGAUAUCUUACGAACCGAGUUAUUCCUGGAUCGAGAUGUAAGGUUGUGGGUAUUUUUUCGAUCUAUCAGAAUAAGGGGAGCAAAGGUCCCUCUGCGGCUGUAGCUAUCAGGACACCUUAUUUGAGGGUUGUGGGGAUUGAAGCCGACGUUGAUCAUACAACUAAGGGAUCAGCGAUAUUUAGUGAAGAGGAAGAACAAGAGUUUUUGGAGAUGUCGAGGAAUCCGAAUCUUUACGAGGUGUUUGCAAAUUCGAUUGCGCCGUCGAUUUAUGGAAAUCCAGAUAUUAAGAAAGCUAUUGUUUGUCUUCUAAUGGGAGGUUCGAAGAAGAUCUUACCGGAUGGGAUGAAGUUGAGAGGUGAUAUCAAUGUAUUGCUGCUUGGUGAUCCUGGAACGGCAAAAUCGCAGUUGUUGAAGUUUGUGGAGAAGGUUUCACCGAUUGCUAUAUACACCAGUGGAAAGGGAUCUUCGGCUGCUGGUCUUACGGCGUCGGUGCAGAGGGAUGCGCAGUCGAGGGAGUUCUAUUUGGAAGGUGGUGCUAUGGUUCUUGGUGAUGGUGGGGUGGUUUGUAUUGAUGAAUUCGACAAGAUGAGGGACGAAGAUCGUGUUGCUAUUCACGAAGCUAUGGAGCAGCAGACUAUCUCUAUUGCAAAGGCUGGUAUUACAACAAUCCUUAAUGCUAGGACGUCGGUUUUGGCUGCGGCGAAUCCGAUUUUUGGACGAUACGAUGAUAUGAAGAGCGCUGGUGACAAUAUCGAUUUUCAGACUACAAUCUUGUCGAGAUUCGAUAUGAUUUUUAUUGUGAAGGAUGAGCAUGAUACAGAAAAGGAUAGGACAAUGGCGAGACAUGUUAUUGGAAUCCAUAUGAAUAGAGAUAGAGAGCCGAGGGAUGUGGCUGGGGAGAUUCCGAUUGAUAAGAUGAAGAGGUAUAUUACUUAUUGCAAGACACGAUGUGCGCCGACAUUAUCACAGGAAGCGGCAGAACGGUUAUCAUCACACUUCGUAUCUAUUCGCAAACAAGUCCAUAAAUCCGAACUGGAUUCCAACGAACGAUCUUCAAUCCCAAUUACAGUCCGACAAUUGGAAGCUAUAAUCCGUAUCACAGAGUCUCUCGCAAAACUCACUUUAUCAUCGGUAGCAACGGAAGCGCACGUUGAAGAAGCCAUACGACUAUUUAUGGCCUCGACGAUGAAUGCGGUUAGUCAAGGAAGUACUCUAAGUGAAGAUGUACUAAAACAGGCCGGGAAGAUUGAAGACGAGUUGAGGAAGAGGUUGCCGAUUGGAUGGACAACAAGUGUAGCGACUUUGAGGAAGGAGAUGGUGACUAGACGGGAGUAUACGGUUGCGGCUUUGGAUAGGGCGCUACAAGUUAUGAGUCGGAGAGAGGCGAUACAGUUUAAGAACCAGGGCGCGCAGAUUGUGAGGAUUGGAGUGUAG